AUGACGACUUUGGUCUCUGGUGAAACAAUUUUAAGCGAAAAUACAACCGCCGAAGCUGCUCAAGACCACCAAGAGGUCGAGCAAGAGGUAGAGGACGUGGAAAUGUCACUGAAAGAGAGGUUCAGCAUAUAUUAUUAAAAUAAAAUAUGUAAAACGGUACGUUAGAGAUUUGGAUAAAGAGUCUUAAAAUACGUUACUGGAUAGACUUUUAGUGGAAAUCGUGAUCAAAUUACGGCAAUGCAAGGAAGAUGGCAAAAGCAGCGAGUUGCUUUUCGCUAUAACGGCUUAUUUGACACAAACGAAAAUUAUUGUCCAAGGGAAACAUCGCGAGUUAUGGAAAGAAACAGAAUUCACAAAAUUACCCGAGUUGGUAUAUAUCAAUUAUGUAAAACAGAUGAAAUAGACUACAAGAUGAUAGGCUCUUUAUACAGAAAGGUAUUUGGAAAUCAUGAUGCAACUGAUGUUAUGAAUUUAGAGGGUGCAUCUCUAGACAUUCAUACCGAAUCAGAUGCUGAAAUUGAACAGAGAAAUGAUGAUGAUAUAGAUAGCAUUAGCAACCUCAAAUCUUAA